CCAUUGGCCGGGCGCAGCUCUCGCGGGGCGCGAUUGGGCGAGCGGCUCUCGCGGGAUCUGGGGCCCCGUGUUCUGAGGGCGGGCGGCCCCGUACGGCCCUUUCCGAGCCCGGCAGCGCGGAGCCAGCAGCGAGAUGCCCGGGGUCACGGUGAAAGACGUGAACCAGCAGGAGUUCGUCAGGGCCCUGGCCGCCUUCCUCAAGAAGUCAGGGAAACUGAAGGUGCCCGAGUGGGUGGAUACGGUCAAGCUGGCCAAGCACAAGGAGUUGGCCCCGUAUGAUGAGAACUGGUUCUAUACCAGAGCAGCUUCCACAGCCCGGCACCUGUACCUCCGCGGCGGUGCCGGCGUCGGCUCCAUGACCAAGAUCUACGGGGGCCGGCAGCGCAACGGCGUCAUGCCCAGCCACUUCAGCCGCGGCUCCAAGAGCGUGGCCAGGCGGGUGCUGCAGGCCCUGGAGGGGCUGAAAAUGGUGGAGAAGGAUCAGGACGGAGGUCGCAAACUCACCCCCCAGGGACAGAGAGAUCUGGACAGAAUCGCCGGCCAGGUGGCAGCUGCAAACAAGAAACAUUAAAAUGAGCGUCAGAGAAUAAAACCCGGUUCCUGUUUCA